ACGAGAAAGACGUUGUGUGAAGCGACAACAAGAGAAGGAAGAAGAAAAGAUUUGCUGUGCAAACAAACUGCGCUGUGAAGUUCCACCUGGUCAUAAGAGAGGAAGAAGAAGAACAACAACAACAACAAGGUAUUCUUGACGGCGAUUUCCACGCUCUUCUCCGCACCUUCUCCACCUACAUACUGCGGCUGCAGACAUUCCAUUGUUGCAACCCCACGACAAAGAACACACCCUUUUUCUCAACCCAUUAUCAAAGUUUCCUCGCAACAAUGGGCUUCAAGUUCCUGUCGAAUAGCACUCUACGGGGCGAAAAAGCCACGCUGGGAACCACGCUGCGAGCGUCGCUAACCCCGACGACGAUUGCGCGGCUCGUCCUCCGCCUCUUCCAGUUUGUCAUGGGCCUGACGGUCAUUGGCAUCUACGCAAUUGACCUGGACAACGCGCGCAAGCAGCACAAGUACGUCGACAGCAAGUGGGUGUGGGCAGUUGUAUGCGGGUCGCUGGGCUCCAUCAUCUCGCUCAUCUUCAUGCUGCCUCUGACGAAGCCAUGGUUCUUUUUCGUCGUCGACGUCGUCGUCUUCAUUUGCUAUCUCGUUGCUUUCGGUAUCUUCGGCAACAUGUACAUCAAAGAAGACCCCGAGGGCAACAAGGGCAUCACGCGCAUGAAAAACGGCGUCUGGGUGCUGCUGACCAACAUGCUGCUCUGGUUUAUCACCGCCGCCAUUGGCGCGUUUUUGUUCUGGAGAGCCAGAAAGGCAAGGACCACGCAUACUGGGCGCGCGCCCCAGCACGUCUAGAUAUCCCGCCUGCCUACCACACUCUCCCAAGCAUGCCUAUUUGCGUGCAACAAACUACCUGCUAACUGGUGCUUUUUUGUUCUCGUCUUGUAGCGUUUCCUCGCUGUCUCCCUGCACAGCAUCCAAGAAGCGUCGUCGGACGAUGGGGGCCCAAAGACGGUUGGCUAGGGGCCCACCAUCACGUCAACAACGUCAAUGUCAAGACCCUGUUCCCCAACCGAUGAUAGCACAGCGAGCCAGCAAGACGCUUAUUCCCCGCCAUCAUGGAUACCCGCUCGACCUACCGUCCUGUCUCAGAGUUUUCUUCCUCUCCCUCGUGUCGCCUCUACUUCUUCCUACUGCCCUAUUUGCUGUCCUCACCACCACCACCACCACCAC